AAGACAUUUCUUUGUCGUGCCAUUCGGCCGUGGUUAUACUUUAAAUAAUUCUUAAAAGUUCUUCUAAUGGUAUUUCGCUUCCACAAGACUUUACGACUGACUUUUCUCGGAGUCAAUGUCGUGAUUAUGUUGACAGGUAUAGCACUACUAGCGCUGUCUGCGAGGUCAAUAGUUCAACGUCAAGAAUUUAGGAAAGAAUCGGACACUAAUAAACUGAUGGUUGAUUGGGACAACAAUGCUACUCUGAAAAUGCUUAUAAUGGCUACUAUGAUCAGUAUCCUGCUUAUAUGCCUUAGUUUCUUCGGUUUCUGCGGAGCUUACAGUGACAAAAAGUGCAUCGUUUUUUAUUAUCUUGUUUUCGCAUCGUUGAAUCUUGGAACAGUUAUUUUAGGCGGAACAAUAGUUCUUCGUUUCUCCAAUAUUCCGCAGGACAGGCUAAGCGAGCACAUGGCCGAAUACAGCAAUAAUCAAACUUCGAGAGAUCUUGUAGAUAAAAUUCGAGAAACUCUUGGAUGUUGUCUUGUCCAUAAUAUGAACAAUCAAGAGGAACUAGAAUCUGCCAUAGAAAAUAAAAUUUUGACAGCCUCAUGCUGUGUUUCUCAUCAGCAAGAUAAGUGUGGUCAAUUUUUGAGGGAUAAGUCUGUUCGGUUAAUGGGAUGGAAAGGUGUCAAUGGAACCGUUUUUACAAAGGUAAUUAUUAGUUGCUGUGAUUAACCAAUUUUUGUAACU